UGUCAAAACAGAAACGAAGGCUGCAACAAUAUGAUGGACCUUUUUGAGAACAACACAUUUUUAUUUAGUGAUCUGCGUUACCUGGAAGAAGGAGACCAUGACACUCUACAGAACUUGGACAUGGCGGGAGUGUCCCCUCUGUACCACGGCACUGACAGUCCGCUGUCCACGAGCCAGGAUCAUGUUCAGUCCGAGACCGGAGGCGACAGCAGUGGAGAGGAGCACGUCCUCGCGCCGCCUGGGCUCAGGGCGCACUGCGAGGGCCAGUGCCUCAUGUGGGCCUGUAAAAUCUGCAAGAGAAAAGCAGCGCCCACAGACAGGCGCAAGGCCGCCACACUCCGAGAGAGGAGGAGGCUCAAGAAGAUCAACGAGGCCUUCGAAGCACUCAAGAGGAAGACCGUGGCGAACCCCAACCAGCGACUGCCCAAAGUGGAGAUCUUACGCAGCGCCAUCAGCUACAUAGAGAGACUACAGGAGCUACUGCAGUCAAUGGACGAACAGGACACAAAGCACAAUGGGCCUACAACAUACAACAACAAGGAGCAACAACAUGCUGGAGUGUAUUGGAAGCACUCUGACCCCUGGCCCUCCUCUGCAGACCAUUCCACUACAACAGUGACAUGCCAGAGAGAGGAGUCUGGUGAUGCAUCCUGCAGCCUGCAACAUCUCUCUUCUAUUGUGGACAGUAUUAACACUGAGGAGAAGAGCUUCACAGAGGACAGCUCAGAAAACUAAAUUAUGAAUUAUUUUAAUUAUU